AUGGAGGCAUUCACCUUUGCGUUGUCCACCCAGGUGGACUUGCCUGUCUGUAUCAAAGUUGGCUCGUUGGAGGGCAAACAGAAACAGAUUCCGUUCUCACGGCUGGUCCAGAACCCGGAAUUGAGAUAUCUCGGAUCCUCUCAGAACCCAGCUUCGGAUCUCUAUGUCACCGCGCAGCUAUGGUCGGACUCAAAGCCUCUCGGUGUCCCUCUACAGACUGCUUAUAGGGCCUUCAAAACUACCCGAGUAUGGAAUGAAUGGUUGCAGAUGCCCAUGUCAAUCAAGGAUACCCCACUCAAUUCUCAAUUGGCCAUCACGGUCUGGGAUCUUUCUCCGCUGGCGGACGAUGAAUCCCAAGGGCAUGCUGUUCCUUUUGGCGGAACGACAAUCUCAUUAUUCGACACUGAGGGCAAGCUGAGAAUGGGGCGGCAGAAGUGCAAAAUCCAUCGCCAUAAAGCCGCAGAUGGCUUUUCUUCAACAUCAACUCCAUCUUCACCACCACCAAAACGACGGAAAAACAACAGCGCCCGCGAUAUUAUGGGACCAACUUCGGCCGAGGCAGAGCUAGAGCGGAUCGAGGUCCUGAUCAAAAAGCAUGAGAUGGGUGACAUUACUCGCAUUGAUUGGAUGGACCAGAUGGUUUUCCGUCAGCUCGAGAAGCUCAAAAUGCAAGCUGAAGAAGCCGCUCGUAAAAAAGCCAUCGCCCUCAAGACAGCAAAGCAACGUAGAGGUAGUGCUGAAGGCGACGAGGACGACAGUUCUGAUGAUGAAGAGUUGGACGAUGAGAAUUUUGUGUUUUAUGUGGAAUUCCCACGCUUUGAUCAUCCGAUAGUUUGGGCUGAUCACCAAUACCCGGCCCCGCCAAUCUCGUCUUACCCUCAGAACGUAUCCAACCACCCGACUUCGACGUUGAAACCUAUCCCAGAGGUUCGCUUCGGUCCCGGCAUUGAAGGUGCAGAUGGUGCAGGCGUUAUUAGAAUCUACGACCCCGAGGUGGGCCAAACCGGGAAUCCGUGCGAAGAUAAACACCGGAGAUUGAUUCGCAGCCAUCGAACUGGAUUUAUGGAUCGAGAUCUCAAGCCGAACCCGAAGAACCGUGACGAACUGAAUGUUAUUCUCUCGUACGAACCUACCCAGGAUCUCACCGCCGAGGAGAAAGACUUGGUUUGGAGAUUCAGGUACUAUCUUACUCGCGAGAAGAGAGCAUUGACCAAAUUCGUCAAAUCAGUCAAUUGGCGCGAUGACGGAGAAGCGCGCCAAGCUGUGGAAAUAUUGCCUAAAUGGACCGAGAUUGACGUCGAUGACGCCUUGGAGCUUCUUGGUCCAACAUUCGACAAUGCAGCCGUUCGCUCCUAUGCCGUUGCGAGACUGCGUAAAGCCGAUGACGAGGAGCUUGAUUUGUAUCUCCUACAAUUGGUGCAGGCUUUGAAAUAUGAGGAAAGCUCAGACAGCGAGUCGGAAGAGGCGGCUCAUGACUCCUCGCUAGCCAACUUCCUCAUUACGCGAGCGGCCAACAACUUCAGACUUGGAAACUCUUUGCAUUGGUAUCUCAUGGUUGAAUGUGAUGAUGCCGGUCCGGGCACCUUGUCAAAUCAGCGCAGACUCUUUGCUCGUGUUGAGUACUACUUCAUGGCGGAGCUGGAAAAGAUUCAUGCUGAGCAUCGAAAGACGCUUCUUCGUCAAGGUGAAUUGAUCGCCGUCCUUUCAAAGAUCGCCAAGGACAUCCGUUUCUCCCGGGAUAAUCGACCAGUCAAGAUCGAGAAGCUCAAGAAGGCUUUGCGCGAUCCAAAGAAUGAGUUAAUCCAUAUUGAUCCACCGCUCCCGUUGCCCCUGGACCCCAACGUCUCAAUUAUUGGUUGUUACCCUGACGAAUCCAACGUUUUCAAGUCGACAUUAUCCCCACUAAACAUCACGUUCAAGACUAGUGAUGGCAAACGAUACCCCCUUCUGUUCAAGGUCGGCGAUGAUCUUCGCCAGGAUCAAUUAGUCAUCCAAAUCAUCAUUCUAAUGGAUCGGCUUUUACAAAAAGAAAACUUGGACUUAAAAUUGACGCCGUAUCGCAUCUUAGCGACAAGUUCUACGGCUGGUGCCGUUCAAUUUAUCCCAUCCACAUCCCUGUCUGCAGCAUCUGCUAAAUACAAAUCCAUUCUUGCCUACUUGAAAGAGCACAAUCCAGAUGAGAACGAACCUCUCGGCGUUCGAAAAGAGGCUAUGGACACUUACAUCAAGUCUUGCGCUGGCUACUGCGUUAUCACCUACCUCCUAGGUGUUGGUGACCGUCAUCUGGAGAACCUGCUUCUCGCACCGGACGGCCACUUCUUCCAUGCCGAUUUUGGUUUCAUUCUCGGCCGUGAUCCCAAACCUUUUGCUCCGAUGAUGAAGCUCUGCAAGGAGAUGGUUGAAGGAAUGGGCGGUACAACUUCCCCUCACUACCUACAGUUCAAGCAAUAUUGUUACACUGCGUAUACCACGCUACGCAAGUCUGCAAACCUGAUCCUGAAUCUUUUCAGCCUGAUGGUUGAUGCCAACAUUCCCGACAUCAGGGUUGAGCCUGAUAAGGCUGUUUUGAAAGUGAAGGAGCGCUUUCAUCUUGAAAUGACCGAGGAAGAGGCGAUCAGACACUUUGAGCAGCUGAUCGGAGAUAGCGUUAAUGCUAUCUUUGGUGUGGUCAUUGAUCGUCUGCAUGAAUUUGUGCAAGGAUGGAGGGCAUGA